UAUUGGGACCUAUCGAAUAUUACAGAAGGAUAAAUGCAUCAUCAUUGCACCACAAUGCGCGCGAGCUGAAUAUUAGAGCUCCGGAAGAGCACUAGAUAUUCGAACACGAUUGGUGGCCGUCAUCAGCCACAAGACACCAUACGAUCCUUUCAGCCCGGCUCGCAACCUUUUUGGGGGUUUGCGCCGUGCCAACGUCGUACAGAUGCGGGCUGACUAUUCGAAGUCGACCCCCAUAGACAUGCAUGGACGGCUUUAUAAACUGUUCUCGAACACGGCUGCUCUACUUGGAGUUUUUCCUAUCCCACGUUAUAACAAACUUCCGUAGAGAGCUACGAUGUGAGUCGAUGGGCUCUUCAAGACCCCAUGCAGACAGCUCAAGAUGUCCCCAUACCAAGAUCAUCCAAACAGAUCAACUGCGAAAUUCUUCAAGCGGGUAGUACCGCCUUGCUCGCUGGAAUCCCAACCCAGGAACCUUGAUUUCAAAUGGCUGGAUCAUUCGGACCCAGACAGAGCUACGAUCGUCAGGAUGAAGGCUCGAGCAUGGGUGAACAAAAGCAAAGAAGAAGCGGAGAAAAGCAAGUUAGAAUCGCAAAGGAAGGCUAAACUGCGAGACUUCAAACAUACGCAGCGAAUGGGCAUGAUAGCACGGCGAGACAGCGGCUAUAUACCUACGAAGAUCACCGAGUUGCGCUCCUUCGAUGCCUUUAGCAUUCUUCCUGGUGUCCGAAAGGAUCGCUACCACCUCCUUCAGUACUUCCUUAGUUCCCCGUUCAUGUGGGAUGCCCUGCCGUGCUGCGAUGACAAACACAUACUCGAGAACGACAAAACAUUAUCUGUCUCCACUCGGGAAAACAGCAUCAUGUGGAAUAUGGCAAGAGGCGAGGUGUCAUUUGUGGUCUGGCUGUACUCGGUCGUCCUGAUCAGAGACGGGAUGAAGGGAGACUUCAACUCCGCAGAAGUCCAAUCAUGGUACAUUGAAUCGCUCAGGAAAAUCAGACAAGACCUGGCUGAUCAGACACAACUGGGGAGGUUUUCAGAUUAUCUUAUAAAUGCGCUGGCAUGCAUACAAGCUACAUCGAGUUUUGCUGGCAUGUUUGAAGCUGCUGUUAUGCAUCACAAUGCCAUGACUAAGAUAUUAAAGAUCAGAGGCAAUGGCGAUAUUCUUAUGGGUCUUAAGCAAUUAUCUCCAUGGUCCAUGAGAGCCAUACAAUGGUGCGAAUUCUUCGUCUCCGCUGAGCAAGUCCAGCUACCAGAUAUACCCUACUAUGCUGUCAACGAACCAAACAUGUCACCACCAAGCUUAGUGGCUGAGACAUUCGCGCUUACUCAGCGCAGCAUGGAGAGCUUACCGUUCUUCCGUGGACCGCUUCGCACCAUCCUCUAUCAACUGCACCAGCUGGGUCUCGUCUACGCGCGUGCGCCAAGUAGCGCAGACGUUGACCGUUUUGUAGCUGGACCCUUGUAUGACACCGAAUAUGCCUUGCUCAAGGUUCUCGCAUCGCAAAAGCAAGCCAGACGCGACUCAUCCGACGUCGAGAUCCUUCUAGCCGAAAUUCUGCAACUGUAUCUAUGGAUAGGACCUCGAAAGAUGCGACCGCAGGGGCGGUUGACCAGCUUGCUCGCAUCACGUGUUGCGUUGACGCUAUCCUUGUUCAUGCCCAGUUCAGACGUGCAGGAUGAUGCUGAGUCUGUCGGGCCCUCAACAAUAUUCUCGCUUCUGGACUUGAAGAGCUACUCCUUUCACUGUCAUUCUCGUCCAUACACUGUAAACAACCUGGUGGCCUGGUCCCUUGCUCUCGCCACUUCAGCUGGCGCUGCGGUACCGAUCCCAGAGUACCAGUGGCUGAAACGGUACUACGCUAUGCAUAUAAUGACAUUAGGGCUGCACGACGACAUUGACGGUUAUCGGUCUCUUGUCUCGAACUUCCCGACGGUAGACGGGUUUGAUUGGAUCGACCUUACAGGAUUGUUUUAUGAAGUAAGGUCAUACUAGAUAUUGAGAAGUUCACUGCGGACAGGCACAGGCAAGUGGGACACAUGUCACAACUUAGCCAAUGCCAAGAUUAGGAGAUGUAUAGGCGGUUUAUGAUUCCUAUCUAGC